AUGCCGCCACCAGUGGUGUUAAGUGUAGACAUAGCCUUACAGUACAGAGUUCCACUGGGCCAGAGGAGCAAAGCUGCUAAUCACAGUCUUCAUCUCAGAGUUCUAGGUGGUCUUUUAGAUACCUGGAAACAGAUCAUGAAAUGCUUUGAAGAUAAGGAGAGAGACUUUCACCAGAUUCAAAAUUCUUUCACCUGUGGCUCCAAAGUAGCUGUCAGCACGCCACACCCCAGAGACCGUCUCAACUGGCGGGCUAAACCAGACAGACCGGAGAGAAGAACAGCAUUUGUCGCUAGAGAGCUCGCCGGCUACAACAUUGACAUUGCAGCCCUUAGUGAAACUCGCCUUGCUAGUGAAGGACAGCUGUCCGAGUCAGGCGGUGGCUGUACAUUCUUCUGGAGUGGCCGCAGCAGUGAUGAGCGUCGCGAAUCUGGAGUUGGCUUCGCCAUCAAGAAUCAUCUUGUUCGGAAACUUGCCAGUUCCCUCAAGGGUAUGAAUGACCGGCUUAUGACAAUGCAGCUUCUGCUUCAAAAAGGAAAACAAGUUACUUUGAUCAGCACAUACGCUCCUACAAUGACCAACCCAGAGGAUAUGAAGGAUAAAUUCUAUGAAGAACUAGAUACUCUGGUAUCGUCAGUGCACCGCACAGACAAGCUGAUUCUGCUUGGCGAUUUUAACGCAACAGUUGGAUGCAAUGCCGCAGCCUGGGAAGGAGUCAUCGGGAAAAAUGGAGUGGGAAAGUGUAACAGCAAUGGUCUGUUACUGCUGAAAACUUGUGCAGCACAUGACCUUCUGAUCAGCAAUUCGGUCUUCCGCCUUCCUACCCGUAACAGGACUUCGUGGAUGCAUCCCCGUUCCAAGCACUGGCAUUUGAUUGAUUAUGUCAUCAUCAGGAGAAGGGAUAGACAAGAUGUCAGGGUUACAAAAGCUUUGUGUGACACUGACUGUUGGACGGAUCAUAGGCUCAUAGUAUCCAAAAUGAAGCUCUGUAUCAUGCCAAAGAGACGACCACAAGGCUGUAAGGCUUUCAAAAGGAUCAACGUGUCGAAGCUGAAGAACAGCCGCAUCACUGAAAAUCUAGCGGAAGACCUAGAGAAUGAACUUGCUGAUCUUCGUAUUGAGGAUGACGCUGAGAAAGACUGGGAGCGAUUCCGCAACACUGUCCAUACAGCUGCAUCGAAGGUAUUGGGGCCCUCCACGUGCAGGUGGCAAGCCUGGUUUGAUGAAAAUGAUGCAGAAAUCCAGGCCUUACUUGCUGAGAAGCACUGCCUGCAUUGUGCAUAUCAAAACGAUCCAUCCUCAGUGGCAAAGAAGACCGCCUUUAUCAACGCUCGCAGAACAGUACAGAACCGACUGCGCAAAAUGCGGGAAUUGUGGCCGAGCGCCAAAGCAGAUGAAAUACAGGGAACCAUUCCACAAGAAUUUAGAGACACAUCCAUCUUGCACCUCUAUAAGAGGAAGGGCAAUCGCCAGGUAUGCGACAAUCACCGUGGAAUCUCGCUGCUUUCUACAGCAGGGAAAGUUCUUGCACGGGUUCUGUUGAACCGAUUGAUCACUCACCUGGAGAAGGGCUUACUGCCAGAAUCACAGCGUGGCUUCCGCAAGGGACGUGGGACUAUUGACAUGAUCUUCGCUGUGCGUCAGCUACAGGAGAAAUGGCAAGAGCAGAAUCAUGAACUCUACACAACUUUUGUGGACCUCACGAAAGCAUUUGACUCUGUCAGUCGCCAGGGCCUGUGGAGGAUCAUGUUGAAAUUUGGCUGCCCAGACAGAUUUAUACGAAUGGUACGUCAAUUUCAUCACGGUAUGAUGGCUCGUGUCCUGGAUGACGGUGAAACAUCUGAGGCCUUCCCAGUCACCAACGGCGUCAAGCAAGGGUGUGUUUUAGCACCCACUUUGUUCAGCAUGAUAUUCUCUGCCACUCUGUCUGAUGCCUUUCAACACUGCACUGAAGGAGUAGGCCUGAAGUAUAGAACUGACAGGAAACUAUUUAAUCUGAGGCGACUGUGUGCCAUCACCAAGGUGAAGGAAACUGUACUUCGAGACUUUCUCUUUGCCGAUGAUUGUGCUCUGAAUGCUAGUACAGAGCAAGAAAUGCAAGCCAGUAUGGACAAGUUUUCAACUGCAUGCAACAACUUCGGUCUCACCAUUAACACCAAGAAGACUGAGGUCAUGCACCAGCCAGCUCCCCACACUUCAUACUCAGAACCGUCCAUCACUGUAAAUGGACAGAGACUUCAGACAGUGGACCACUUCACGUACCUGGGCAGUACCCUUUCCCGUGCAGUGUUAAUCGAUGAUGAAGUAAACUGCAGAAUUGCUAAAGCCAGCUCUGCAUUUGGCCGAUUGCGCUCCAAUGUUUGGGAACGUCGAGGGAUCAGCCUACCAACGAAGCUGAAGGUCUACCGAGCAGUGGUGCUUCCAACUCUGCUGUACGCCUGCGAGACGUGGACUGUCUAUCGGAGUCAUGCACAAAGGCUCAAUCAUUUCCACAUUUCCUGUCUGCGAAAGCUUCUAAAAAUCAGAUGGAAGGACAAAGUGCCCGAUAUUGAUGUCCUUACGAGAGCCAGUCUGCCGUCAGUUUACACAUUGCUGAUGAGUGCCCAGACCAGUUGGGACAGACAUGUUGUGAGAAUGUCAGAUUAACGCAUUCCUAAACAGCUCUUCUACGGAGAACUCACUCAGGGAAAGCGCUCCCAUUGAGGACAAAAGAAGCAGUUCAAGGACACG